AUUAAAGGAUUGGGGGGUGGGGCUCUAAGCAAACACACACCAAGACAGCUGAGAAGUGACUGUUGUCUUUUGAAAUCUUAACCCAAAGCACUCGCCACACCAGCCUCCAUGACUUACCAACAUAUAGUGACCAAAUGGGAACAAACUGAUGUCUUUGCUUGAAAAACCAGGCAUCUGAGCACUCCAGGUGGUGAAGGGAGUAUGGAAUCAUGCAGUGAGGAGAAAUGGAAAGCACGUCUACUUUCUCUGGGCUGAGGAAGCAGAGAGGCAUUGCUUUGCUAACCUCUGUAGGCAGAAGUCCGGGAGGCACGCAUGGGUCUCUGGGGAGCUCUUCCGACAGCACUGUGUGUCCAUCCUCUUUCUGCUGCAGGACUGUGCGGGAGUGUGGUUCUCAUGUCCUCCUGUCCUCGUCCUCUGUCUGCUCAGCUCUCCCAAUCAGACAACAGGGCAGGAAUGGCAUUGGCUUUGAAGUCAGACCCAUCCCUGACUGCUCCAGCCCAGCCGCUUCCCUGCAGUGGACACUGGCAAAGUACUUGCCGCUCUGAGUCUUAAGUUCUCCAUCUGUGGGAUGAGGUGAUAGCUCCCAUGCAGUGCCUCACGGGAGAUCUUCUUUGAGCAAAACUGGACACAGGACUCCUGGAUCCUGGCAGGAGACGCAACAGGCAGCAUCGGCUGCCCCCUCUGUGGGAGUCGUCCUCAAAGGAGACCAUAAGCCCAUGGGGGUCCAGGAGCCAUUCUCUGAGACAGCCCAGGUGUGAGGGAAUGAGGCUCACACAGGCAGGAUAGUGUCCUGCGUAGUCUGAAGGCGUUGCAGCCACCUCCACAUCUCCAGAAAGUCAGUGUUGCAAAUUCACUUGAUUUCAUUAAGUCUUGACCCAUGAACUAUGUACAGGAUGGAGCCGACGGCUAAAGGACGGACUGAGAAAAGUUUCAGCUACGUUGUCAGAGCCCCCAGCGGUGAUGGGUUUGAUAUGAUGAACGUUGAUGUGAAGAUCGACUCGUCCUGGAUAUUCCAGGACAUGGAGGAUGGUGGUGAGGAGGAGGGAUGUCUUCCAGAAGCAGCCAGAAGCCCAGACGUGGACACAGGGACGCUCAGGAAGCAGCUGGAACCCUCAGAGCAAAAGCUGUCGGCAGCUGUGGACAAGCACAUGAUGUCGGAGUCCGGGCUGAGGAGCAGAAUCCGGGAGCUGGAGCAGUCUGAGCGGAGACUCCUGCGCAAGGUGGACCAGCUGAGCGCCCGCGUGUUCCGGGAGCGCAGCGCCUCCCUCUGGGCCCAGGAGGAGCUGGAGGCGCUGCAGGGGGAGCUCGCCAGACAGGUUCUGGAGAAGGAGCGCGCGGCCCGGCGGCAGCGGUGGCGGCUGCGGCGGCUGCGGGAGCGGCUGCGGCGCAAGGACGAGGCGCUGGGGCGGCAGGCGGCGGCCCUGGAGCGCUGCCGGCGGACCCAGCGGCGCCAGCUGGGCCUGGUGCGCGAGCAGGAGCGCGUCCUGCGGGCGCAGGUGCAGCGGCUGGAGGGGGACGUGCGGCGCCUCUGCCGCGCCGCGAGCCUCCUGCUGGCCGAGCUGGACCUCCCGUCCCAGGGCAGCCCCCGAUCUCCCAGCCCGGCCGACCUCCGGCGCGCCCCCGAGGAGGCCGCGGAGCUGCGCGCCCUGCAGGCGAGGGCCAAGCGGGAGCGGGACGACGCUGCGCGCCGGCUGCGGGAACAGCGCGCCACUGAGCGCCGGCUCCGCGGGCAGCUGGAGGAGCUGCGCUGCCGCAUCUACGGGCUGAGGCUCUCGGAGAUCGGCCUGCAGGGCCAGCUGGAGGACCUCGCCGAGCAAAACAGGAGCCUGCGAGAGGAGCUGGGAGCCCAGGGCCCGGGGGACAGAGCGCGCAGCACCGCCCCUGAUGGUCACUGUAGCCUGGAUGCCCUGGACCACGUUCAGGAUGAGCCGCAGCCCCUGCCCGGGGAGGAGGCACUGGACGCCUGCAGAAGCCACGGCCAGCACACCUCCCUCUGCUCCGACAGUGCCCCUGGACCAGGGGCCUCAGCAGGCCAGCCCUCCGAGGGGCCCUGCGCCUGGGGCUGCAUCGGGGCUGGACGAGGCCCCUCUGUUUUGGUGCCAGGCCCAGAGACCACGGCCGAGCUCCUGGGAGACCUUGCAGGAUGUGAUGGUCGACAGCUCACUCCGGCUGAGCCCAGCUUGGAUGAACAGGCUCUUCUCCUCAUCUGUGGCUGCCCCCCGGGGCAGAGCAUGGAUGGCUCACUCUUCCCCGUGGAGCUGGCCUGGAUUUCAGAGCAGAGGCUAGCAGCCGCCCCGGCCCAGGAGUCCUUUCUCCUGGUGCCGACGUCCACAAUCCCUCCCUGGGGCCCGGCCAAGGACCCAGCUCCCCUGCCACCACUGCUUCUGCCCCAAGAGGCUUCCCCAGAAGAACUCCAAAGCCAGCAGGUGCUGGAUGCCAGGCCCCCACCUGCCCCCAGAGCCGUAGGACAGCCCUGCCAGGACCAUCGCCAGGCCAGGAGCCAUGAUGCCUCCCUCUGCCAGGAGUCUCCACGCGCUUCAAAUCACCCGUCUCCCAGGAGAGGGCCCUGGGAUCUGAAAGACCCAUGGAAGAAGGGAGAAGGAGCCCCAGAGUGGAGAACCAAGGAGUGGGGAGCAAGGAGGACUUGGGGCAGGAAGGAGGAAGACCUCGAUGACAAGUGCCAGCUGAGUCAGGAAAGCCCUGAGAACCUGAGCUUUGAGGAUGGAGUUGGAGCCCCAAAGGGCAUGCAGAACAAGCACAGGGCUUCAGAAACACAGGCUGAUGCCCCCUGCCCUUGCCCCGGGCAGGAGCUUCCACUGCCUCGUCUGCAGGAGGAGGCCUCGGUGUCAGCAGAGGGUCCCGAAUCCCUGAGCAGGAAGGGGAGAGGGAGAGGGCAGGUCUGGGGCCUCCCAGGAGGGCUUUCAUCAGAGGAGGAGGAAGAGGGCCCCCCAGCCACCUUCUCCAGGGCUCACAGUGCCAAAGGACCGUCUCCAACAGGCACCCAGCUCCUAGCAGAGCAGGGCAGAACCAUCAGGAGAGUUCAGGGCAAGGAGGAAAACCAUGUGGGGUCUGGAAGGGCUCUGCUUCUGCAAGAGGAAAGCCCUGGGGACCAAAGGCCAGAAGAGAAGGAGGAGAAGGCAUUGCGUGUGGAAGGGGCCAGCCCAGGCUACAGGGAUGUCCUGGAGGAGCCUGGCUCCGAGGAAUCUGAUGCCAAGGAAACGCUUUUCUUUGUGGAAGAGGGAUGUUUGCCACUGUCUCCCAGAUUAGCCUUGUCACCCGAGGGUGUCGAACCUACCUGUCACUCACAGGCUCUGAGCCAAGGACAGGACAGGUCUGCACUUACAAUAGAGGAAUUUGAAAAGGAGAUGGAGGCUUGUUUCCAGCAGCUCUCCAUCCUGAAGCUUGGGAGUGAGAGUCGUCCACGGAAAGCUUCCACAUUGGCAGGAGGGAACUGGAGCUUUGCUUGGAGGUGGCACAGCUGUCAGGAGAACGCGUACGCUCAGCAGCCUUUGGCAAACCAGGAUUUGGAUGUUUGUUCUGCCAAGGAAGCCAACCCCACGGAGAGCAGUGAAGAUGUUAAGCCUGGAGAGACCGAGGCCCUGGGAACCAGCCAGGUUCUUCCAUGGAUGGUGCCUGAUUUGGACGACGUGAGUCCAGGGCCAGAGGGGCCCUCUGAGCUGGGUCAGACCUGGCACUCCCAGCACCUGAGAGCCCUAGAGAGAGUGAGGAGAAGGUUUCAUCAGCUCAUUUCCAGAUUGAAGAAAGAGAGAAGCAAAGUUUUACAUGACAACGCCAAACUUCAGGGAGACCAAGAGAGGGGCCAUAAAAAACUACGUGCCCUUGAAAAAGAGAGGGAGAGAAAUGUGAAAAAAAUACAUGUGCUUGAACAGGAUAAUGGCAUGCUGUUAGGAGACGUCUCUCACUUAAAGAGGGAGCUAGACCAAUAUUUGCAGGUCAUUUCCGACCUUGAAGACUGCAACGGGAAAAGUUACAGGAAAAUUUCUGAGCUCGAGGAGGAAAACGAGAAACUGAAAGUGCAGCUGAGCCAGCUCCAGACAGCCCUGUCUGAGAGCGUUAGCAAGUCCAAAGGCGUGAUGGAGCACGUCACGCUGGAAAACUGGGAGCUCAAGGGGCUGAUUUCAGAGCUUGUGGUCAGUUACAAAGAGCUGAUAAGGGACAUAGUGUUGGGAAUAGAAGACAUGAUCCGGGCCUUAAGAAGGGAGAAGGAACACCUUCUACACAGGAUCCGAGUCCUGGAGAGGGAAGUCACAAAAGGGGUGAGCACGGACGCGGGGUGCUUGGUGAGGGCCGAGGAGCUCCUCCUGGGAAAAUGCGAGAUGGUGGUGGACAAGGCGAAUGCUGUAGAAAGGGGGGUGCAGGUGACUCAGUUUCCUGGGCCACUGACCACAAGAGUGCCCAGGCCUCCCCUGGAGGAGGAAAUGGAUCGGGCUGGAGGGAGGAUGGGACCUUCCUCAGGUAUGGAGAAUUCCAGAUGCGGUGCUCAUUCUACUCCUCCAUCGUUGGUCUGGGGAAAUGCUGAAGCAUCCAGUGCCCUGCAAGGAAACGUCAAUGGAGGGGGAGUGAAAGAAGCGCUUUCGGAACAAAAGGAGAGAAGACCAUGGUGUUCUGCAGCCCAAGGGCGAGCUCUGAGGUCCCCGAGCAAUGGCCCCCAGCUCCAGGGCCCGGAGGCCGAGACCUCCGAGGAGGAGCUCAGGCUGCGUGUCGGGCGGCUCCAGCACCAGGUGCUAACCCUGCAGUGCCAGCUCAGAGACCAGGGGUCCACACGCCGGGAGCUGCAGGCAUCUCGCGAUGAGGCCCUCCGCCUCCGGGACGAGCUCACGGGCAAGCUCGAAGAACUGCAGAAAAAGCAACAUGAAGCAAAUUUGGCUGUGACUCCUUUGAAGGCCAAACUGGCUUCCCUGGUCCGGAAGUGCCGGGAGAGGAACAGCCUGAUCGCGUACCUGCUACAGGAGCUGCGCAAACACGGGGCAGUGGAUCGCCUGCUCUCCGAGGCGGCGCAGAGCAUGGUGAAUGACGUGGCCCUGGCAGAGUACGCGGCCACCUUCCUGGCUCCGGGGCUCCCACAGACGAGCCACCACCUGGACGCCGAGUCUGAGGAGACAGCGGUUGUUAGAGCUCAGAAAUACCUCCUGAAUCCCAAAACGGACAAUGUCCUCCAAAGACCUUUGUGUUCAGACUCCUGGCGUAUUCCCAAGGCUGAGUGGCCGACACAGGCAGCUCGAUUGGAUUCUCCAAAGCUCCCCCUGCCCUCGGGACCAACGCCUGAUCCGGGACCGCGCCCCGUCUCUGCGGAACCAGGACUCCCUGCACAGUGUCUGCAAGAAGACAGAAUGUCCAGUCCUGUCCUCCAGGCCGACGACCUCCCCCCGCCCUCUGAGCUCCUGAGCCCCGCGAGGAUCCUGGCUUUCCACAAAGAGCUUAGACAAAGCAUUUGCAGCAAUUCCCAGGUCAAUAAAUCACCGCUGGAGUUAUAA